AUGACAGGACCUGCUGAUAAUCACGACGAGAUUAUCCAGCAGCAUAGGCUCAACUUGCCUGGAUGGGAUCUCCCCCUCGAUACGUACAAUGCGAAUCUUGACUUUGAGGGAAGUGAUGCAGGGCACGGGGACCCCUGGAUCUGGUCGCAUAAGAUACCAGAGCUCCCAGAGAAGAGCAUUUACGACGAUACGAAGUCCUUUUGGCUCACACGCCGUACUGUUCUCGAGAACUGCAUAAUCGGUGUAGUCAAUGCUAUAACAAACCGACCAGACUGGACGAAAAAGCUUAAACGUCCGGAAAUUCGCAAUCGCUGGAGGGCAGAGAUGCGUGGAGUAUUGACAAAGGCAGUCCAAGAAUCUUCUAAAUUGGAGCUAGACCGCUACGUCAAAGAUAAUAACCACGAAGAACUCGAGCCUGCUCGUCAGGCCGUUGUCCAACGUGCAGUCGACUUCUGCAUCGAAGAGCUCGACCACAAAGCUAAGCAGAUCCUGGAGAAGGGAUACACUACUAUUCUCGGACUAGGAAAUGCCGACAUCGUUAAGUCAGAUACAGCUGUUCCGAAUAUUUUAAAACAAAGAUUGCAAAGCCUUGCUCGUAGGCUAGAGGACAGCCAAACCACCAUCAGCUGGCAACCAGGACAAGAGGGCGUCGUCCGGAACUUAAUCCACCCAUCAAAACACCCUCUGAAAUAUGGCCGGUCGAAGAUUGCAGCCGGCAGCGUACCUUUGAGAGAUGCUUUUGCAUACUCUAAUUGCGGCCAAACGAUUCCCCUUCCCUCUAAACAGACAAAGUUUUAUUCUUCACGUUUCCAGUGGCUACCUGCAGAGGUCCAGUUUACUUCAACUGGCAAUGCGCAAUUCGCAAGCCUGAUCAACGGCCUUGAUUAUGAGAAACAUCGCGAGCUCUACAGCGCCCUGGCCGAGCUCAUCGAUCACUGCCUCCCGCUCUGGGAGCAAUGCUUGCCGCUCGCACGCGGUAAUGAUCCCCGACGCUGUCCUUGUAACUACGAGGAUGAUUGCUGGACGGCUCCCAGCACUGUUACGGAGGAGUGCGAAGAUCAGUCUUCCCUAGCUUAUUAUAGCGCCAGUCCUCCAUACUGGAUGCGUGACGCGGACGAGGCUACCAAAGAUCGCUGGCGAUAUCGAUUCCCCAGCUGCCCGCCUCCCAUGGCUUUCCAGCAGUUCGCCAAUUUGAUCGACGAGACGCCUAAAAUAGACCUGCGGCGGGAUUACGAGUCCCUCCAGGUCAUCGUCAAGAUGUCCAAUGUGAUACUGACCCCGGAGCGACCACAAUCUAAGGAGGUCGCCUGGCAUGUGGAAGGACUCGCGAACGAACAUAUAUGCGCAACUGCUAUCUACUAUUACGAUUUCGAUAACAUCGCCUCCAGCCAUGUGUACUUCCGGACACCUGCGACUAUGGGCGAAAUAACUCACGGUCAGAUGGAUUACCGGGGUCUACGGCGCGUCUUUGGCACAGAACUCACCGACGCACCAGCCAUACAACAAGUUCCGAUGGCCACCAACGUCGAGGGUCGUGUACUUGUUUUCCCCAAUGUGUUCCAGCACAAGGUCCCGCCGCUCAAGCUUCAAGACCCCUCCAGGCAGGGCCACCGCAAGAUCAUCGUCCUCUGGCUCGUUAACCCCCAGAAGCGCAUUAUUUCCACGGCCAACGUCGGUCCUCAGCAAAAGGAGGCUGCUAUCGAUCGGCUCGCCGGCACAUUGAGAGGCGCAAAGCUCCCUGCCAAAGUUUUUGACAUGAUCGUAAGAGAAAGUUAUGGAGACUUGCCGAGUGCUGACGAAGUGCCGCGAAUACAGAAGGAGUUGAUGGAUGAGCGCACAGGGACGGGGGCUGACUACAGUAACAUCGAGCGAGAGUAUAACUUUUGCGAGCACUAG